AUGUCGCUGAACAAAGAUGUUACUGAAGCAAUUCAGAAAGUUGCUGCUGCUCAUGACUGCAAGAUUGUUGAAGGGGUUCUCAGUCAUCAAAUGAAACAAUUUGUAAUUGAUGGAAACAAGGUUGUAUUGAGUGUUUCAGCACCCGAGACGCGAGUUGAUGAUGCUGAAUUUGAGGAGAAUGAGGUUCAUGCUAUUGAUAUAGUUACAAGCACUGGUGAAGGCAAGUUCCAGUCGCAGCAUUUACAAGCCUGGGAGCACAACAGGAAUCCUAAUGUCCCGUCGAGUAGAAAACAUAAAUAA